AUGGCAACUGGAGAUUCCAACGACGACAGCAACGACAACGGUUUCAAUUUUGGUCAAGAACCAUUUGCCUGGGCUCUCAUCCCCUUAUUCGUUAUCCUCGUUCUUGGACUGACAGCAACCGUCAUCCAAAUCAGACGCCGGCGCCGCCGUCGUGGAAACCAAUGGCCCGGCUCAACCCCUCAGGGAACAGAAUAUCCAGGACUUCGUGGCGGCAGAACAUCAAACCGCGGAGCGUUGUGGAAUGGCACCAGGUCCCAAGAAGGUCUGAAUGAGCUUGGACAGGCGCCGCCUCCGUACGAUGGCAAGAAGGAGAGGCAGGAUCCGUUGGAAUUGAGGGAUCUUGAAGCUGGUGGUAGUCCGCCAGAGUAUCCCUCUGAACCACCGCCAGCUCUCGUGACGGAUGGCAGGAGAUCUUGA